AUGCCCCAAGCAACAGUUCUCGAUGUUGGGCGUAAGCUUGACAAGACGCCUGAAGAUCCGGUCAACGGACCUCUUCACGUCAAGAAAGUCACCAACAAGGAUGACGAUUACGAAGUCAUUGCCCAUCCCAAAGACUGUGUUCUUGCCAUCGACGACGACGACGACGAUGACUGGGAUGACUGUGAGUCGCCUCUCGCAGUCGCCGACACAACUUCUCCCACAGUCGGUGACAAGUCUGCGGCCGUCGCAUCUCCAGCUGCUAUAGGCGCACAACAAAAGCACCCACUGAUCAAGCGAGCCACGAACAAGAACGCCCGCCUGCAAAUGGUUUCUGCUUUGCAGUUCCUACAGCCUGAGAUGAAGAGUAAGAAUUGCCUUGCGACCCCUACUGAGGACUUCCACGCUAACCAGGUGACCAGAAGCGGCCUAACUUUUGACACUGUUGGCGAGAGUACCUGGAAGAACACGACCUGA